GUGUGUCUCUCUCGCCUUCCUGCCCGUGCUCAGCGAUGCCCUCCGAGGCCGUCCUGCAGCCGUCCCCCAGCAAGAGGCAGAAGGGCUCGGUGCCGGGGGAGCCCGCCGCACGGCUCCGCUUCACUAAGCUAUCGGAGAACGCGUCCGCCCCCUCCAAGGGCUCUGCUCGGGCUGCGGGCUACGACCUGUACAGUGCCUAUGACUGCGUGAUACCACCCAUGGAAAAGGCUGUAGUGAAAACAGACAUUCAGAUUGCCCUUCCUUCCGGAUGCUAUGGCCGAGUAGCACCACGUUCUGGUUUAGCUGCAAAGCACUUCAUAGAUGUUGGUGCUGGUGUUAUUGAUGAGGAUUACAGGGGAAAUGUUGGUGUGGUACUCUUCAACUUUGGCAAGGAGAGUUUUCAAGUUAAAAAAGGGGAUAGGAUUGCCCAGCUCAUCUGUGAACGCAUUUGCUAUCCUGAACUGGAAGAAGUUCAAGCUCUAGAUGAUACAGAACGUGGCGAAGGUGGCUUUGGUUCUACUGGAAAGAACUGAAAAUUAUUUGAAUGCUUUCUAUUUUUUUUUUUUUUGUUAAACAUGUUUCUAAAUUGUCAUUUGAAUUGUAAAGUGGGAUUUUGGAGCACAUAAAAA